AUGACGAAGAGAUCAACUCCAAAGGUUCGGACCUUGUCGGAUGAAGCUGAUUGGCGAGCAUGUGUAGAGUACGAGACAAAGUGCGUCGUCGUGGGUGACCUAAAGGUGCAAGUUUUACAGAUGGAAGAGCUGCCGGUGGCUGCUUCGCUCUUCAUGCUGGCAGAAAUGGAUGCCAACGUGACAGAGAUCUCGGGCACACGCCUCUGGACAGGCUCUCACUUCCUCUCACGAUAUUUGUGGCAUCAUCCGGAGCUUGUGCAAGGCAAGCGUGUACUGGAACUUGGAGCUGGCACUGGUAUCUGUAGCAUCGUGUCGUCUAAGCUCGGUGCUGUGAAAUGUCUGGCUACGGAUGGCGACGAGCAAGUAGUGGAGCUACUGGCUAAAAAUGUGCAUGUGAACAUGGUGGAAGAUGUCGUGACGGCACGCUCGCUGUUUUGGGGCGAUGAGCCAUCGACACAGACCUUGCUGGACGAAUUCCCGGAUGCGUUAACGGAUGUCGACGUUGUGUUGGCUGGUGAUGUGCUCUACAAGAGCGAACUACUACCGCUGCUCUUUGAUACUGUUACGCAAGUGCUGAUGCUGGAUAAUACUGAGCGAGUGUUCGUCUUGUGUCAUAUCCCUCGAGCUGAUGUGACACACGACGUCGUACAGAAACAGAUUAUCGACUCAGGGCUUAAGUUCAAAGAGGUCAAACUGCCCGCGCAAAGCGUCGCGGAUGCCACGGUGGAACUGGAGGAGUGUCCUGUGGAGGAUGUCGAAAGGGCUAAGCUAUACUAUAUCACCAAGUAA